UGUGACCCCAGAUGGAUGGGUAGGUUCUAUGUGGACUCCCUCAGCCAAACAGAAUUUUGUAAACAUUUUGCACGUUUUUCUUUCCAGUGUCUCUGCCUCUCUCCAACCUAUGAGCUUGCUCUUCAAACAGGAAAGGUGAUUGAACAGAUGGGCAAGUUUUACCCUGAAUUGAAGCUAGCUUAUGCUGUUCGAGGCAAUAAAUUGGACAGAGGUCAGAAGGUCAGUGAGCAGAUUGUCAUUGGUACCCCCGGGACCGUCCUGGACUGGUGCUCCAAGCUGAAGUUCAUUGACCCCAAGAAGAUCAAGGUGUUUGUUCUGGACGAGGCUGAUGUGAUGAUAGCAACUCAAGGCCACCAAGACCAGAGCAUCCGCAUCCAGAGGAUGCUGCCCAGAAACUGCCAGAUGCUGCUCUUCUCUGCCACCUUUGAAGACUCAGUGUGGAAGUUUGCCCAGAAGGUGGUUCCAGACCCCAACAUCAUCAAACUUAAGCGUGAAGAGGAGACUUUGGACACCAUCAAACAGUAUUAUGUCAUUUGCAAUAACAGAGAGGAGAAGUUCCAGGCCCUGUGCAACCUGUACGGGGCCAUCACCAUCGCCCAAGCCAUGAUCUUCUGCCAUACCCGCAAAACAGCUAGCUGGCUGGCAGCGGAGCUCUCCAAGGAGGGCCACCAGGUGGCUCUGCUGAGUGGGGAGAUGAUGGUGGA